GAUACUCAACAGGUGCGUAGGUUACAGGAGGUCGAGUCACGUAGAUAGAUUGCUAGGAAUUUCUAGAGAAUUGGUGAUACCAUUUUGUGGAUUACUAUGCGCAGAGGAGUUAAUUCAUUGAGAUGUACGUGAGUAAAAACACCGGAAUGUACACCGGAAUGUACUCAAAUUCUGUGGGACACCCGACUCAACCUCUGAAUAGUCAGAACUUCAUGCAAUAUACGGAUUUCACCAGUUAUCAUCACGUCACAGGCAUCAGUGACCCACAUGCCCAGACGACAGGUGUGUGGAAUCCUGCUUACUUAGCAGGUCCGCGGGAGGAGUGGUCACCGUAUGGCCAGAGCGUGGACUUCCACAGUUUGAGCCCAGGUACAGAACAGAUACAUUUCAGUUCCCCGGAUCUGACAUCCAUCCUGCCUACGGGGCCGGGUACUCUUCCAUCACUCAACUCCCCUGCCGAGCAGUACUCUCCAGACUCAGAGAGAAGAAACUCAUACGACUGGAUCAGACACAAUGUACAUUCAUCCAGUACAGGAGGGAAGACGCGGACCAAGGACAAGUACAGGGUGGUGUACACAGACCAGCAGCGCCUAGAGCUAGAGAAGGAGUUCCAGUACAGCCGGUACAUCACCAUCAGGAGGAAGACAGAGCUGGCCCUGGGCCUCAGCCUCUCAGAGAGACAGGUAAAGAUCUGGUUCCAGAACAGGAGAGCCAAGGAGAGGAAAAUUACCAAGAAGAAGAUCCAGCUGUCCCAGCAGACCUCUAAGACUACAACUACCCUGACCUUUUCCCCAUCCUGCCUGGCUGACCCCAGCAAUGGCUCCAUGGCAACCAGCUCCAGCUUGUUGUCAGAGACAAUAUCAAUGACUAUCAAAGAGGAGUACAGAGGAUAACAAUAUUAAACUACUGUUCCCAUGACAAUCACUACAGAAGAUGUAAUUGACCUCAGUGAUAUGAUGAAAAUACUAUUACAUGCGUCUUGCACACCUGUAGUAGAAUGCUACGGUCUGUGUUAUGAUAAGAAGAAAGAGAUAGAGAAAGAAGAACAGGUUACACUAUGCAAAUAUGUAUAAAAUACAUAAGUGCCUUAUUUGCAACUGCUUUUGUGUUUAUAUUUUCUUUACGCAAAUUAAUUUGUAACAAAAAAAAACGGAAAUGUUUUGAUCUGAUCUCGUUUUAAAAAAAAGAUUUUGCUUGAAAGGUUUGAUUCGUUUUGAGGCACUGUGGAGGGAAAUUCAAUUGAAGAGAUGUUGAGAUACAAAGUAAGCAGGGGUAUUUCUCUUCACAUCCUGAUAGUUGAUCUACCGCUGGCCUUCAGUUUCUCAAUCAUAUGAUUCAUCCAGACAAAUAAAUGUCUUGGAACGUCUUAUUGGUACAAACAUUUGUGUUAUAAAUGACUUUACAAGUGUAUCGUUGACACCUAGGCUACAUAUAGAUGUUGUUUGUCCCGUUUUGCCAAAAUGGACACCUGAAAACAAGUGCUGUAGUAUGUGCCAAGAUAGCCAUGAUCACAAAGGAGAGAAACCACACGCUUUAGCCGUUUACAGUCUCUCCACAAGUGAUGAGUUUGCUAUUUUAAUGUCAUAGGCAAAUGAAAAGUUUCAUGAUUGCACUAUCAAACUGAUAAAAACCUUAUCUAAGUCACAUGAUGAUGGGUACGGAACUCAUUGCAUUGCUGUAAAACUUAUGGACACUUACAUCCACAGAUGACAGUAUUUGGCCUUAACUCUUAUGAAUUUCACAUUAAUCUGUGCAGUCUGCUGAUUUUGAAAUUGCAUACCCCUUUCUCUCUGCUUAUUGUCUAAUAUGGGACAUGACAAGAAGAUGUCAGAAGAAUAUGUUAGUUAUAUGAUUACAACAGCAUACCUGGGCAUCUGUGUCACCUGUCUUAUAGAUCAGUAACCAUAGAGAGGUAAUGAUCCUGGGGUUGUGGAGAAUUCAACUGUGAUUGGCCAUAAAGACUGUGUUUAUUACUCCUCAGAUGGGAUAACUGGUAGGCCAAUGCUCUUAACCUUGGACCUCUGACCUCUAUGCUGUACUAUUAGAGAAGACAGGAACAACUUUUGCUUGUUUUUAAAACAGGAUUUUAUUAUCAAAGUGCAGUUUCCAAUCACAGUGGCAUCAACAAUGAGCACGACAAGUGACUCCUCUGCAUAUUACAUUGUUAUCAACACUUUGUUAGAAACAUUAUCUUUAUUUAUCAACAGCCUCUUCACAAUUUGUUCUUUUAGCUUGACUUAUUGAGUGAGAAUGAGAUACCCUAUGGCAAAAGCAUAUGUGCUUUAUUUUUAGUCAAUGAGGGGAUUCUCAACUGGAAAUAAUGCAACUCAAACCGGAAAUGCAUCACCAAUGUUAACCCUCCAAAACCAGAGAUGUGGAAAGGUUCAAGGGAAGAAAAAAAAGGAUUGAUGGUGUGAAAAGAUAUGACCAUGUAUCUAAACAACUAUUUUACAACAUUAGCUUAUUAUUGCACUAGCUCAAAAAACAAUUUCUAAAAAUUAUACAUGAUCUUAUUUUGUGUACAGGUACUGUGCUGUAUAAAGAUCAUCAUGUAACUACUAUCUUAGAUAUAACCAGAAAUGUAUGCAUGUGUGUGUAGGCCAGGAUGAUUUUCCUCAGACAAAUAAGAGUAUAUUUGAUUUUUUAGCAAUAUCUCAAGAUGUGUUAACUAGGGAGAUGGACUGCAAGCUUUAAAGUAUUGACUUAAGAUAUUGGUAAUUCAAUUUCUGUUAUGCAAUUAUAAAAAUUCAUUAAAACAUUAUUUGAAAUCA